AUGGUCGGAAGCAGCCCCAUGCAGGCGGUGCUGGUGGCGCCGGGGGUGAAGGGCAAGCAGGUGCUCCCCUACAAGCGGGACGCGCUCAAGGAGAAGCACGCCAUCGCCGGCCUCAUGCGCUCCAUCGCCGGCUCCGGCGUGCGCAGCGCCUUCUACGUCCUCGACCUCGCCAGGGUCGUCGACCUGUACAUGCGCUGGCACCGCGCGCUGCCGGACGUGCGGGCAUACUACGCCGUCAAGUGCAACCCGGAGCCGGCGCUGCUCGGCGCGCUAGCGGCGCUCGGCGCCGGGUUCGACUGCGCCAGCCGCAGGGAGAUCGAGGCCGUGCUCGCGCUCGGGGUCGAGCCGGGCAGCAUCGUGUACGCCAACCCGUGCAAGCCCGAGGCGCACAUCGAGUACGCGGCGCGGGUGGGCGUCAACCUCACCACGUACGACUCCGAGGAGGAGGUGGCCAAGGUGAAGCGCUGCCACCCCGGCUGCCAGCUCAUCCUCCGCAUCAAGGGCCCCGACAACGGCGACGCCAAGCCGGGACGGUACUUUGCUGAGACGGCCUUCACGCUGGCGGCGCGCGUCAUCGGCAAGCGCACGCGCGGCGAGGUGCGGGAGUACUGGAUCGACGAUGGACUCUACGGCUCCCUCAACUGCGUCCUCAUGGACGACUACGUGCCGCGCCCAAGACCGCUCGCCGCCCCAAGCACCGGCGAGGAGACGUACACUUCAACGGUGUUCGGACCGACGGGCGACUCACUUGACACCGUCGUGACAGGGUACCGGCUACCGGAGAUGAGCGUGGGGGACUGGCUCGUGUUCGACGACAUGGGCGCCUACUCGAUCGGCUCCGGCUCUCAUUUCAACGGCUUCUCCAUGUCCGACCUUACAAUAUUCUUAGCCUACUCUAGCUAG